CGCGCCUUCACUGUCUGUCAUGCCCGUUUCUAAUACCCCUGAGUCCUUGUCCUCCGUAGAUUUAGUCAAGGAAUUCGUUACCUCCUUUGAAAAAAAGCACAGAAAUCUGCAAAAACGGAAGGUAAAGUACAAUUCAAAAUUAGAUGGCUUUAAGGAAAGAUUAAAUAAAGGUGAAAGUCUUAGAGAUGAUCAGAGGAAGGCACUCGAAAGUUAUGACGCAGUCGUCCAAAAUGUUGUUGUCGUCCAAGAAGUUAUUUCUCAAUCAAAUCAACUUAUAAAAGCUCUUGAUUCGUCUGAAAAAAGGCAAACAGAAAUUGAUGAAUGCCGUAAACAAGAGUAUCUCAUUGAAAAUUUCGUGGAGUACCUCUAUUUUUAUCCUUUGUUUGAAAAACUCAAGAACCCUAGACUGCGAAGUAUUGCACUCAAUUAUAUAAGUGAUCAACAACUUCUGUUGCUAGACCGGGUGAAGUCUGCUGUCCAUCCCCCACUCCCCGAUUUAAGCCAAGACGUUUGCACUGAUUCGCUGAAGCUUAAAGAAAUUUUGUUACGAAGCGAUGAUUAUACAAAGGCAGCCGAAAAUCUGCAUAAUCUACUUACUGGAAGUUUCAAAUUCAUCCCUGUAAUAGGCAAGAUCGGCCCAGCCAGCUCUCUUCCAAAACGUAUUUGUACGUUUAAAGAGGCCCGUUCUGUUUGUAUGCACUUACUAGGCCAGCCCCUUGUAAAUAAUUUUUUGAAUGGUCGAGAAGACACUAUAGAAAAAAAAGAAUCUGAAAAGACUACAACUACAGUUAUCUCAAGUCCAAAAGAUAUCAACUGUGAGCCUGCUCCGGCCAGGAGGAUUUCAGAAGCAUUUGAGUUUGUGUCUUCAAGUGAAACUGUAAGCUUAGAAAAGAACACAGAUCCUUCAGUCGAGUGUGUUAUCGAGCCGUUC